AUGAAUGAUACUUGGUAUAGUAAAACAAAUGAAACAAUUAUUCCCGGUAAUCCCGAUCGUAUAGCAAUUCGAUGGGAUCCAUUACAAUAUUUGAAUUUGGCUAAAUAUCUUAAAGUAUUUAAUGAAUAUCCACAUGAUUUUAAUCCACGUAUACAUGGACCUUAUUGUCCAUGGCGUUAUUAUGGAAAACGUGAUCUUCAUUUUGGUGACGUUAAAUUAGUUGAUAUUCCUGCAUGGAUUGCUCGACGAGAUAAAACUCCAAUGGGUAUUUAUCAAGGUGGUAUUCGAACUUUUUGGAAAUUUUAUCGUGCUUUUUUGGAUAAUAAGAAACCAAAUCUUAUUUGGUAUACACAAAUAUUUGCUGUUGCUUCAUUAAUUAAUUUUGUUUUCUUUGCUAUACCUGAUAGAAAACAUUAUAAAUGGGCAAAAUAUCAUUGA